AAGAUAAGCCUAGAAUCUACUAGAUGCUAGCGUACCACUCCGCCUUGGACGAAAAUGUGAAGGGUGUGAAGCCCCAUCAGCUCAUAAUUUCAAUUGCCUCACAACCUGAAAAGCAAGCAACUACUCACAGCCAGCCAUCUCUAUCUACUAUCUGCUGAUCUUCUAUCCAACCAAUUUUUCUUCUUCAGCAACAACCAAGAUGAACAGAUUUCACAAUGGCAUGAGCUUUCCCACCAUGGGCAUGAAUGGAGGUAGAAGUAUGAACAUGGGAAUGGGUAUGGAGAUGGGCAUGGAGAUGAUGGGUCAACAAGAUCACUACUACCAUCAGCACCAACACCAACACCACCAACAGCAGCAGCAGCAGCAGCAACCACCUCACAUGCCAUCCAUGAACAUCAGCAACAUGUAUGGGAAUGAACAACUUUCUUACCAGAUGAUGCCUUGGAUGAACUCUCCUUCUGCUUGCUCCUCUUCUUCUACUAAUGUGAAUCAUCAUCAUCAUGUGAUGAGCAGUGGCGCCAGCAUUGUGAGCCACGGUUCCAUGGGACAACACCAACUGCCAGUGGCUCAGAGCAUCUGCACCAAGGAUGGAGAACCUCGUAUACCCUUCCCUUCCAACUUUGUUCCUACCAUUAACCACGUUAUCUGUGGCCGCGGCAAGAAGUCGUAUGGUCACAUUGGAAACAAGCACUUUCUCAAGUUGGUGGCGCUUCACAUGGACGCCUAUGCGGAGGCUACUAACAAGCAAGAAAAGUCGGACAUUGUUCAGGCUGUUGUCGAUGAAAUGGAAGCCAGGGGAGGCUUCAUUCGGCUCGACCCUCAGACCGGGUGCUACUACCAAGCCGAAGAAGGUGCGGGACGGGAAAAGACGUCGCAGGCGCUCCGAGACGGUCUCAACCACAAGUACAAGUCCAGCAAGGAUAUCAAGCGCAAGAACCGCAAGCAGAAGCGAUUGGCUCGACAAGCCAUCCACAAGAAGCAGACACAAGGAGAGGACGAUGCCGACAAGAACACUCCUUCCUCGGUUUCCGACGAUGGCAGUGACAGCGAAAGCACCACUGCUUCUGCUUCAGACGACUCGCCCUGCACCACCAAGAGCCCCACGUCCAUUAAGGAACUCGUCGUCACCAUCCCCGCUCCGGACAAGACUAUCUCCACUCCUCCAAGAACCGUCAGUGCUACAUCGGUGAACUUGGCUCUCGAUGCCGCUGCAGUUGCAGCGGGGACUGUAUCUCCCAGUACUGUCACGGGCAGUAGUGACAGUAACUGGGAUACUCUCAACGAAGACGGUGUUAUUCACCUCGUGGAUGGGGAUUCCACUGAACUGGAGCCCCUUCCAUUGACAGACGAAGAAGUUCAAGAGCUACCAGAUGGUAUCAUGAUGGGGCCCUUUGACGACUUUGGCAUGUAGGCCCCAAAUGAAACUUCCUGCAUCUCCUUUUCCUAGACUUUUUGACUCUCAUUUUUGAAAAUCUCUUCUGAGCUACUUCUACCACGAACUGGCUGUUCACUACAUCUUUACAUUUAUUUUGGCAUCAGAUUCUAUUCUAUCCACGAGCUUCCCUCCUCUUACCAAUCUCUUAGCGAGUCUAACAUUUUACUAAUACAUCGAAGCCUUUACC